CCCAUGCUGAUGCCGAGGGUCCACCACACUGGCGUGGCAAGCUGCGGGCGAAUCUACAUCUGCGGCGGGGCCACCUCGUGGGACGAGCGGGGCCCCCAGAACAUCCAGCGCUCCGUCGAGUGCUUCAGCCCCGAGUCGGGCGAGUGGGAACCGGUGGCCGCCAUGGCCAUGCCCAGGAUCGGUGCCUGCGCCUCCGCUAUGGUGGCCGAGCCGAGGGCCGUCUGA